AUGAAUGCCGUUCGCAGAGUGUGGCACACUGCCUCGCAUUCUCUGUCGCACCAACCAAUGGGCGUCGCACGCAUCAAUCCGACAUUGCCGUCAUUCCAACUCGCAAUGAUUUCAAGCUACGAGAAGCUUAAAUCGGAUGCGCUUGCGGCAAACAGAGAGGUCGAGCGCCUGCGACAGGAACUACCCGAAGAUGCUCCUUCAAGAGACCUCCAUGAGGCUAUGUGA